AUGAACGCGUUAUCAAUAAUCCUCCUGCUACUAUCAGUUCUACUCGUCAAUACACAAUUUCAGCCGAGAACAUCAAAUCGUCGCGUGAUAUUCCGUCCGAUGACUCGAAACUCCGGUAUAGUGGGAAGAGGCCGAGGACCUGUGGCACCAGCUCCGUUCAGAAAUAACAAUGCACAAAGGACAGGAAUUAGAGCGCCAGGCUUCAAACCACCUGUCGGGAUCGCCAAAAAGUUGAAUGAAGCAGUGGAUUUCAGAGCGUUGGCUCGAGUUUUGUUAAAGCAAUAA